CAUCUCAGCUGGAUGGCGUGGCCAUGCUUGUUCUAUCGUUCCGAUACACUAACAUAUGAAUUCUGCACAGUGGAAUAGCAGUUUCUUCCACAUGAUUGCAUGCACUUGACUCUGCUUAUGACGUGAUCAUUCCAAUUUUGUCCCUGAAUUGGAUUUUUUCUUGAGGAAUUCUGACUGUAUUCUGAAAGCAUCUUGCCUAUUCACCAAAGGUUACAUUGUAUGUAGAAUAUUAGGAGUUCUGACUGUAUCAAAACUCACUGAUGGCUGUUAAGUCUGUCUCCAUGCAGUCAGAAUCAAAAGUGAGGAUGGCUGCCAAUGAAAAAGAGGAUAUCGAUGUGGCCAUGCCUCGCCCCGGUUUGCGCCCGAGGUGCUUCUUUGAUAUAGAGAUUGUAGGACAAACGCGUGGCCGGGUUGUAUUCGAGCUUUUUGCAGAUAUUUGUCCAAAAACAUGUGACAACUUCCGGGCAUUAUGUAGUGGUGAGAUGGGUAUCAGUAAAAUCAGUGGUAAACCACUCCACUUUAAAGGUGCCCCGUUUCAUAGGAUUGUUAAAAACUUCAUGAUACAAGGUGGAGACUUCACAAGCGGAGAUGGAACAGGAGGGGAAUCAAUGUAUGGAAAAACUUUUCCUGAUGAGAGUUUUGAACUUAACCACGAUCGUGACAUGCUUCUUUCCAUGGCAAAUCGAGGCAAAGAUACCAAUGGAUCCCAGUUCUUUAUAACCACACAGCCAGCGCCACAUCUUGAUGGUAUCCAUGUUGUGUUUGGCCAGGUGCUCCAAGGCCAAGCUCUCGUGAAACAGAUCGAAAAUCAGAAAGUUGACAGCAACAGUCGACCAUACAAUGAUGUCAUCAUCGUUAACUGUGGGGAAUUGGUGCCACAGAAGAGAAAGAGUCGGCCAAAGAAAAGGAAACCCUCGGUGUCACUGUCAGAAGACACAAGCUCGAGCGAGUCUGAAUCAAGUUCUGAUUCGGAUUCAGACACGAGCGAUUCAGAGACUGAUUCGAUUGAAAGAAUGAAGAAACAACGACGGAAAGCAAAGAAGUUGAAAGUGAAACGGAAGUUGGAGAAGAAAGGGAAGAAGAAGAAGAAGAAGUUAAAAAAGAGAGGGGGCAGUUCCAGUGAGAGUGAGGAGGACGGUCGCCUAAAGCCAAAAUAUCAUAGCACAGUGCGCCCCGAUGAGAUACCAGAUAUUCCUAGACCGAGGUUCCUGUAUCGAGGUAGCCCCCAACGCAGGUCUGAUGAUGAAGGGCGAAGGUCACCACCUCCCAGGUAUGGGCGUCGUCGGUCGCCAGAAAGAGUGCCGUACAACUCCAGAGAAUUUAUGUCCAAGUCUGGCCGGCGCAUCAAAGGAAGAGGGACUAUUCGUUAUCGCACACCAACCAGAUCCAGCAGCAGAGAGCGUAGUGCAACUCCACCGCAUUGGCGUCGUGAACAAGAGAAGCUGCGCCAUCUGGAUAGGCGAGCAAGAUUCGCGCAGGAUGACGAUCGAUGGCUGAAGGGAGAUAAACUGCGGGGAACUAACCAGCAGGGAAACACGAUCAUAUCGCGUAAACUACGGGCACAGAUGGCGGAGAGUUUCAGGAGGGGAGAGUAUGAUGAUGAUGAGAUACCAAGACCUGGAAAGCCAAGAUCUAUCGACUUGGGUAGCAAAGCUGAUGCAAGACUCGAACGCAAACUCCGGAGAAAGGAGAAGAAGUUAAAAAAGAAGCUGAAAAAGGAAAAGAAACAUGCCAAAAAGCGCCGUAAGCAGCAGGGAUCAGAAUCAGAAGUCGAUGUGUCGUCACCGGAGCCACCAAUGUACCGGGAACCAGGUCGUCAAAGGCAACCAGGACCGGUUUCCAUGUCGCCAAUGCAUACCGAUCCUCGUUCUCGACAGCAGGAAAGAGAAUUAGAAUGGGAACGGGAAGAGGUUGAAUUCAGCAGAAGUCGGCAAAUCAAGUCGCCUUCAGUGUCCGAUGGGUCGCCACCUAUAGAGCAGAGUGAAACUAACGGUAGAAAUGGUCGUUCGAGGUCACUGUCUCCACUUGUGAGGGAAGAGGACCCAUACGGAGGGAAAAAGGGCAUGAAAUCGUUCCAAAUCAAAACGAGCAAAAAGGAGCCAAAAGUUUUGAAAGACGACGGUAAACGUACCAUGUUUCAGGAUCAGAGCAGUAGCGAACGCAGCUCAAGGUCAAGGUCACCGAGUCCGAAACGACGCAGUCGGUUUGAAGAGGCGGAGGAGGAGCUUUCACCGUCAAAUCCGUUGAGUCGUCUAGCGAAGAUUAAGCCGAUAACUAUGGAACCAACUGCUCCUGCUAUGGUCUCCGUUCUACCGCGUGGGGAUUCAGAGAGCCCCCCUCCCACUCACUGGAAGCCUGGACAGAAAACAUGGCGGCCCAAGAGAGAAAUCAUCAGGAAGGAAAUUGAAAGAAGACUACGCACGGUGGGCACCAAGAAGGACAAAGAUCCAGAGUUACCAAGGACACGUUCACCAUCUCCAGAAGAUGAGAUAAUGUCAGCCAGCUCAGAGCAGAGUGGUGACGACGGGCCUCUGGGCGAUCCCAUGAAAUUUCUCAGCAAUAUUCAAGGAUAUGGGUCCCUUGUUCCACCUGGUGGUGAGAAUGAGCACUCAAGGAGUCCAGGAUUGUCGUGGUCUGGCCUUGUGAAACAUGACCAGCCGCAGAGUUCGGAGCCUGAACCACUCAAGGUGAAAAAGGCACUGGUCAGUAAAUGGGAGCCACCCGAGGAACCAGACGAUGGUGAAAUUAUAGAGGAACCCGAUGGGAUGGUCCAACUGGAACCACCUGCCAAAGUCUUCUUGAUCAAGACACCCCCAUUGCCAGAUAUCUCACAGAUCGCAGUCGAGAAUCAGCUCAUAUUAAGAAAAUCUGACAUUGGUGGUGCUAUUACGAAAUCAAACCUGCCGCCAAAAGUUAGCGCCUCUACGCCGAUGGUUCCAAGGAACAUUGCCAUGGCGCAGAAGUCACAGUCAGGCCAGCUACAGAAAUCUCCAGGGCACGUUCCUAAGCCUCCGUCGACACCUCCCAGAACUCCCGCUGAGGCGUCAAGACCGCCUCUGCCUAUUCAGCCUCCUCUGCCGAUAUCCCAACCUCCCAAGCCACCAGGUCUGCCUGUACCGCCAAAACUGCCACCAAGACCGCCAGCGGAGCCGCCUAAACCAUCAUCAGGUCUGCCAACCAGACUCCAUGGGUUGCCACCAAAGCCGCUUGCUGAGAGAAUCGGUGCCUUACCUCAGAGGCCGACGAGCAGAAAUAUGAGGACGCGACCUCGUUCUCGUUCAAAGUCAAGAUCUAGGUCACGGUCAUAUUCACGAAGUCGGUCAAGGUCGGGGCGCCUCACACCACCACAUCGCCGGAGAAGUUACAGUCACUCAUCACGCAGUUACAGCCGGUCUGUCAGUCGGUCACCAAGGAGACGACAUUCGUAUUCCCGCAGCACGUCAAGGUCAAAGUCAAGAAGUCCUCGCCGAUCUCGGGACAGAUAUCGCAGGUCACGUACAACGUCAACAAGCAGGAGUCGGUCUCCAGGAGGGCGGAGAGAUAGUCGCAGUGUCAGUAGGUCAUAUUCGAGGAGUUCAAGGUCUUAUUCUAGAAGUAGGUCAAGGUCUCAUAGCCCAAGGAGGCGCCGAUAUUCAAGUGACUCUUAUUCUAAUUGAUCCAGGAAUAUGUUUUAUAUGAACUGACCACUCCGUGCUUGGUUGUUAAUAUGUGGCAAUCUUGUUUAAAAAUGGAGGCGAUAUCAUGUGAAUCAAAUGAACCAAUCUCACAGAAGUAAUCUCUAAAAGAAUAGAAAUGUGUAAAUCUGUGAAUCAUAGUAGGCCCUAUCUGUGAAUCUAUGUUUUAUCUUCAUGAAAUCCAUCCAGUCCUGGAUAUUGAAUGAUGAGGUUUUGAUUGAAAACAUUGCUAUCAUCACAAUUUUCUGUCUCAUGUAAAGCUCUAAAGAUGCAUUUAUCUGACAAAUGUUUUGUAUUUCUGUGACUGUGGUAGAUGGUGUGGUAUUUUAGUUCAAUAAACUCAUUCAGAUGAA